AAAACAUCGUAAAAGAUCCAAGAUGGCGACUGAAGAGGACGAAGAAACAUCGACUUCGAAGAGAGUCACUAGCUUUAAUAUGCUUGAAACAGAACAAUUUAGCGAGGCAAAUGUAAACUCCAUCUCAUCUGCAGACUUUACGUGCCCUAUCUGCUUGCAAAUCCUAAUUGAGCCGGUGGUUAUGCCGUGUGAACAUGAACUUUGUGGACCAUGCUUUAAACAAAAUGUGCAGGAAGCAAAUUUUCUCUGUCCACUUUGCCGAAUGAGAAUAUCAAGUUGGGCCAGACGAAAUUCCCGAAAUGGAACUUUGGUCGAUUUAAAUCGAUGGAAACAGAUUCAAAAACUUUUUCCUAAGAAAUGUCAGAAACGAUUGCGUGGAGAGGAUGAUGAAGAUCUGUUUGGUGAGUUGAAUGUGAAAUACAAGUCUUACUUUUUGUUUCAUAAUCAGUAAAUUUACUUGAUCUUACGUUAACAACAGAGAAAAAAAUUUGCAUGUAAACGGCGAAUUUUUCUCUGUUACUGUAUUCAUACAGAGCGCCUUGCUUGCAAUUUUUUCCCCUCUAUACGGCGAGGUGAUUAUUAUUGUUCUGGAAAUUAUCCCAAAACAGUAAGAAAUUAGUGUAUUACAAAUAAAAGUUUAACUUGUGUAUCCUUAGCUUUUUUCAAAGGAAACUUGCACUAAAAUAACUCGCCAGUGAGAAAAAUUAGGCUUUGCCCACAGUGCAUUUCACUUCCCAUUGCUUGGCAAAAAAGGUUAAAACUAGCUGAAUCAUGCUAUCCUAGGCCUAAUUUCUCUUUGUUUGUUUGUUGUUUUUUUUUUCAGUUUCCAAAAGUUUUCGGUUGAGGGUUCGGAAAGAAAGCACUUUAUGUACUUAGCUUAAAGGAAAACAAAACAAAUUUGCUGGUAACUCUUGAUUAGCAGACCCAAUGCUAAUGAUGUCUUAAGUAACAGGCUGGUUAUGUGUUAAACAGUUAAUUGAAACAUGAGUUUUCUUGAAACCACAGAUACUCCACCCCUCAAAAGAGCAAUAUCACAGGAUGGGGAGGUUCGCAAAGAGUAUGAAGAAGAAAUGAGAAAGGUAAACUGUACUUUUAUAAUACAGAAACCAGUGCUCUCAGUAAGCUCUAAUGGCUGACCAAAAGUACUAUUGGCUUCUUCACUUGGAGGAGUGGGCUACUUUCCCCCCUUAAACUAAAGUUAUCAGUGAAUGAAAACCUGUCCUUAACCUUACUGAUACAGUUAAACCUCUCUACAACGGCUACCUUUGGCACAGAAAAAAGUGGCCACUGUAGAGAGGUGGCCGUUGUAGAGAGGUUGAAACAAAAGUGAAUGCACGGACUUUCGGCAAAAAAAAUGGCUGUUGUAGAGAGGUGGCUGUUAGUGAAGGUGCAACUGUAAAAUAUAGAUGGUUUUCAAUGUGACAUCAUCAAAUUGUAAAGUCAAAAUGGCGAGGUUUUACGAAUUCCUAUUUACACUAGGUUGAAGAUAAACAAAAAAUAAAUCUUUGUACAAGUUUCCAGUCCUGUAGCAUGUUUCAUUUCGAAAAUACAGCAAUUUGAACUUUCGAGUUUCCACAGUGCGUGACAUCAAAAUAGGAAUACUGUCCUCUUGAUUUUCAGCAGUAUAACCAUUUCAAGUAUUAGAGGGUAUGUUUAUGUGAACGUAUGCUAGUUCUUGAGUAAAAAGAAAGAGCUUUUAUAGAAAAAAAGGAACUCCAGAUUUUUUUGUUGAUUUCCGGCGGCCAUAUUGGUGCACCAAAACGGUGCACCAAUAUGGUGUCUCCAUACUAAGUUCUCCACAGGUGCGUGAAACGUUUCGGCAAAUAAUUCCGAAACUGUGGGCCAUAAAGACCUUAGACUUGGACAAAUUGUUUAUAUAAUAGUCUUUUAUAACAUUUCAUUUUCUUGACUUCUUCCACUGGACGGUUUCCAAUUUAUUUUUUCGUUGCAUGACAGUGAAAACGAUCUAUUGGUUUACUCUACUCUCAAACCACCUGCCUGUAUCUCAAGUUUUAUGAAUAUCCCUGAGUAAUAAUAGUAACGUUAUUUUAAAGAGGAAGCUGCAGUCACCAAAAGGUGCUUUACAAAGAGAACCUCAAAAUCAGAUGGGGCAAGAAGAGGAAAAUUUAGUCAAGCUGAGUUUAACUAAAUUAAUGAGUGUAAUUUUUUCUCUUGUCAGUUACAACAAGCAAGGGAACAAGAGAUGCAGGCAAGUGAAGAAGUUGUGCGUAAACUACUAGAGGAGGAACAAAAACUUGCAAGGUCAAUAGAGCACCAGGCAUUACAAGAUGAAGAACUUGCCAGACAGAUAUUGUUAGAAGAGAAAGAACAGGUAAUUAAAUUGAAUGCCAUAGGAUAAGAGAACAGUAGAGUUACUGGCACUGUUGUCAGGGGCAUUCAGCCACCCUAAGUUUAAAUCAGAAUGAGCUAAAAUUAUGGUGAAAGUAUACAAAAAAUGGCAGAAGGGUUACUCUUUAUAUGCUGCUCUUUAACUGUUAAUAAUUGUAUACCCAUUUUUUGUUGGCAGAGGUUUAGUUUUACUUUUGUCAGUUAGAGUGUGUAUGACACAGGAACAAGAAGGCUGCCUUAUAAUCUCAUAGUUACCAUUCCGUUCGUCAAAAUACAAGGGACAGAAUAAGUAAAUUAGAAUUUGUAUACUUUGCAAAGCAUACCGUGGCUAUAUUUAUAUUUAUCUGACAUUUUAACAUUUUUAACAUGGCUGUAGCUUAUAUUAGUUAAGUUUUUAGUUCUCUACUUCUAUUAUGUAUUUAUUUAUCUGAGAUCAUUUAUCUUUCUAUUAUUUUACAAGGCCUCACUGAAUAUCACUCUUUGUGAAGUGAGCUCCCUGUAUGAAGAUUGUUAUUAUUAUUAUUAUUAUUAUUAUUAUUAUUAUUAUUAUUAUUAUUAUUAUCAUCAAUAUUUCCUAUAUUUUUUAGAAUUCACAAGGAAAAGAGAUACUUUCGCAGCCAAGCUCAUCAAAAACUUUGUCAACUGGUGCAAAUUCAAAACAAGGGAAAGGAAAGAAGAUUAAAUCACAGAGAACGCAAGACCAUCAUGGCUGCAACACACUGGAUAGAUGGUUUUCUCCUACCAGACAACCAAACAAUCAAGGUAAUGCACAUUCCUGUUUUACAAUUUAUGAUGUUUGCAUUGAACUUAAGCUGAAUUAGAGAAGUUAUGGCCGCUGUUCUUGCUCUUAACCUACAAAACAAAUCAGUCUUAAAAAUCAGACCUACCACUGACGUAAGAUUGUCAUAGAUUAGAUUAGUGUGUAUUUUAAAUUUCUUAUAUUUGAACCACAGGAGAAAGAUUUAACAAUUUGAAAGACCAUUAUAGCUAUGUACUCAACCAUACUUAUAGCAACUGCAAUAAACAAGUUCACUUUUUGAAUCAAUCUGCGAAGAUGUGAUAAAAUGUCUUUAUACAUAUUACUAUUUUAUUUUGUUUCCUGCAGUUCAACUAAAACUUUUAGUGCUAAGUCAUUUAAAAAAUAAUAAUCUGUUAGACUAGUCUUGUGGUUUUGUGGUUACUUAUAAUGGUUACUCCCAUUUUCUAUAGGUUUAGAAAAGAGCAGAUGUGACCUUGUAAACAAUAAGAAUCAUUGGAGAACAACAGACUCAGAUGCAUCUGGACUUAAUUAUUUAUCACACAACAUCUCUGAUCUCAUUAAUGAAAGAAAGGAGCAAGAAGACAGAGACUUUCAAUUUGCAUUGAAAUUACAAAACGAGUUUGAUUUAGCAAAUCAGAAAAAUGUACAAGUAGACAGAAAGAAAGGAACUGUUGAUGGUUACAUGUUGCGAAGUGAAGCUUGUUCUAAUAAUGCAAAUUAA